CUUGGCAGCUGGCCACGCGGUGACUGCAGCGUGAGCCGCGGCCACCACACUCCAGGGAGCCCAGGACAGGAGGCAGCUCUGGGUGUUCUGGCCGUGGGCCUGGGAAUGGGCGUGUAGACCUCGAACCCCGCUGAGCCGCAGUCCUGUCGGAAGUGCUAACUGUGCAUCUUUGCAUCUGCCCACGGCCACAGGGUUGGAUUGCUCAAGGGUUGUGCUGAGACCCAGCAAGGCUAGAGGCUAGUUUCGAAGCUGUAGCUCAGGCUGAGUCUCAAGGCGGGCGACGACUGGACGGCCAGACCGGCGAGCUCUUGACAGGUUUGUGGCCUGAUUGUUUGGAUUUGGUGCUUUUCACCUGUGGAUGCGGUCUGAAGCCAUGUCAGAGGGGUUGUUUGUGUUUAACCGUGCAUGUUAUAGGCUAUGGGAGUGAUAAUCUUGCCUCUCCCCCUCUGAGUUCAGGAACAAUCAAAGAAAUAAGCAAAGGUGCCAAGCAGGCUCCUGAUGGGCACCAGCGAGCUUGGGGACAGAGCAGUCCAAGCAUAGAAACCCUGGCAAGCCUGGCCCUUCCUAGAAAGUCCUUUCUCUCUCUCUUCCACCCUGGUUUGUUGCUCCAUAUACAAAAAAUAUUUGAAUGUCGCUCUUCCGCCCAAGGUCAGCCCUGGGCAGUGGGUGGUGGGGGUGACACCCGAGUCUGCUGGGUGCCUAAGGAUCUCCAUCAGUUAGAUGGCCAAGAUGAGAGGGGACGACAACCCGUACCUCAUGUAGGCUUUCCCGCAGCAGGUGUUUUUAUGCUGGGCAAAUUGGGCUUCCAGCCUCUCGGUUUCAGGGUUUCCUUCACCCGACUCCCCAAUGUGCCCGACCUCCCUGGGCACCUAAGAUGUCCACCUGCAUCUCAGCCAGAGCUGCCACGUCAGGAGCCCGUGAUUCACUAGUUUUUGCCAGUUGGUUGUGAUACACAAUGUCAAAAGUGUCAUUAAGGCACAGCCGGAGGCGCAAGCUGAGAGGAAAAGACUCCACAGUUAAGAGGACAUGCCACCACUGCCACCCAAUUUAAACUGCUGCAGGCUGACAAAUGAGAAGUCGCCGUGUUUGGACGGUCCCAACAUCCAGUCCCAAGGAAGCUUCAAGCCGAGUGGCCAAUCCACAUGUUGGACUACAGUACCCAGAAAAGAUGACUCAAGACCGGCCUCUGCUUGCCGUGCAGGAGGCCCUGAAGAAGUGCUUCCUGGUGGUGGAGGAGCAGCAGGGCCUGUGGCAGAGUGCCCUGCAGGACUGCCAGCCCCUCCUGUCUUCCCUCAGCAACCUGGCGGAGCAGCUGCAGGCCUCACAGAACCUGCGGUUCGAGGAUGUGCCGGCGCUUCGGGCCUUCCCAGACUUAAAAGAGCGGCUGAGGCGCAAGCAGCUGGCAGCUGGUGACAUCGUCCUGGACAAGCUAGGGGAAAGGCUAGCCAUCCUCCUCAAGGUGCGAGACGUGGUCAGCAGCCAUGUGGAGCGUGUGUUUCAGAUCUAUGAGCAGCAUGCAGACACAGUUGGCAUUGAUGCUGUCCUGCAGCCUUCAGCAGUGAGCCCCUCUGUGGCUGACAUGUUGGAAUGGUUGCAGGAUAUUGAGAGACAUUAUCGAAAGUCGUACCUGAAUAGAAAGUAUCUUCUUUCCUCUAUCCGGUGGGGAGACUUGGCAAACAUCCAAGCUUUGCCCAAGGCCUGGGACCGAAUUUCAAAAGACGAACACCAAGAUCUUGUACAAGAUAUCCUAUUGAAUGUUUCCUUCUUCCUGGAAGAGUAAGGAAGCUGUGCGUAUCUGGAGACCACGGGCCCCACAGUGGAAGACUGACAUUCUAAACCCUGAUGUUUUUAAAGAAACGUCAGUAUUUCAGUCCCACGUAUUUGAAAUAUCAGUGCCUUGAACCUGAGGACUGGGUCUUGGGGAGGAUUAGUGCCUAGAUGUCUGAUGUUGGAGCUGCAGCAUGCCAGGCCAUGGCUGAGAGUAUGUGAGCCACACCUUGCCCUUUUCUGAGGCUCAGGGAAGUGGAUGGAGAUAGAGACACAGCAGGAAAGACGGUGCUGAAGAAUAUAGUGCCUUGCCUCCACUGUAGACUUGAAGAGGUGGGGAAGCAAGGACAGGAGGCAAAGAGCCACACUGCCCUUGGCAUCAUCCAGAGCAUUGUCUGGUUGACACCAGGUCCUGGUUUUGUGUCUUUUGUCAAUAUCUGAAUCCUUGACAAAAGAAAAAGUGAUUUUGAUGAUUUAAAGAAAUAAGGGUGAUUUUGACAGAAAAUAUAUUUUAAAAAUAGUGACCAAUUGCAAUAGUUAUCCUCAAGCCAAUUUCCAGAGCCUGCCACCAGGGGGAGGUGGUGCAGCAUGAAUCAUUCUGAAUGCUUUGUCUUUGAAGUGUUCCCCUAUUGCUGUUACUGUCUCAGAGGAAGUAACUGGGCAUGGUGAGACUCCUGACAUGACAGGAGGUUUUUUGGCCAAAGCUGGCAUCUGACUUGCCACAUUCCUCUGAGUCUGUAGUACCUGCAGGGGUGGGAGAACGCCAGCCCAGAGUCAGUCCAUCAGGGUUACAUUUCCAAGGCCUGCUGCCUUCGUCUAUGUAAUGGCCGUGUUACUUUCAGACCUUUCAACUUCCCAGGGUGUUGUAGAAAUCUUGGUCAUUGAAUGUAAAGGGACUUAGUAAAGGGUAUAGAUGUUUUUCAAAAAUGAAAAUAACUUUUUUUCUUGUAAGUGAUAAGCUUUUAUAAAGAUCAUAGGAAAACUAGAAAAAAAUGUAAAAUGUAGAAAAUUGUAAAACAAACUUCAUUAGAGAUAUUUUGAUAUGUAUCUUUUCAGUGUCUAUUUACAAAUUUUUUCUUUUAACGUAGAUAGGGUCUCACUAUAUUGCCCAGCUCAAACUCCUGAGCUCAAGGGAUCUUCCCACCUGAGCCUCCCAAAAUGUUGGGAACACAGGCGUGAGCCACUGCUCCCGGCUAAUUCACAAAUUUUUUUAAAGGACAAACAUGGUAUCAUCGAUACAUACUGUUAGGUUGUCUUUUUUUAAAAGCCUAAUAUAAUUUGUUCAUCUUUUUAUAAAUAUAGCUCAACACAGUUAUAUUCCUUUUGUGAAUGUAUUGUAUCUACAAUUUAUCUUUUUUCUUACAUUUUACAUGCAUUUUCCCAAAUCUUUUUGUUUUCCUAUCUGUAAAGGUAAUACAUUCUGAUUAUGAAAAUUUAAAACACUACAUAGAAAUGUACUAUUAUCUAUCUGCCAGAUAAUUAUUAUUAAUAAUGUGUAUUUAUUUUUCUAGGAAUUAAAAUCUAUCUUAUAAGUAUUGCAAAUAAAACUUAGAAAG